AGGGCGCGGCGCUGGGGGAGCAGAUGCCGCCCGGCUGCGAGCGGGACUCGGGCGCGAGCGGAGCGCGGCCUCGAGGGAGGCGCGGGGGAGGCGAGCCGGAGUCGGAGAGCCAGCAGCAGCCGGUGUCGGCGGGGAGCACCCGGGCGCAGCCGGAGCCGCAGCCGCGAUGGCCGUGGCCGUGGGGAGACCGUCUAGUGAAGAGCUUCGGAACUUGUCUCUGUCUGGCCAUGUUGGAUUUGACAGUCUCCCCGACCAGCUGGUCAACAAGUCCACUUCUCAAGGGUUCUGCUUCAACAUCAUGUGUGUUGGUGAGACAGGCAUCGGCAAAUCUACGUUAAUGGAUACUUUGUUCAACACCAAAUUUGAAAGUGACCCAGCUACUCACAAUGAACCAGGUGUCCGGUUAAAAGCCAGAAGUUAUGAGCUUCAGGAAAGCAACGUCCGGCUGAAGUUAACCAUCGUUGACACCGUGGGGUUUGGAGACCAGAUAAAUAAAGAUGACAGCUAUAAGCCGAUAGUGGAAUACAUCGAUGCCCAAUUUGAGGCUUACCUGCAGGAGGAAUUGAAGAUUAAGCGUUCUCUCUUCAACUACCAUGACACGAGGGUCCAUGCCUGCCUCUAUUUCAUUGCCCCAACUGGGCAUUCCCUGAAGUCCCUGGACCUGGUCACCAUGAAGAAGCUGGACAGUAAGGUGAACAUCAUUCCGAUAAUUGCAAAAGCGGACACCAUUGCCAAGAAUGAACUGCACAAAUUUAAGAGUAAGAUCAUGAGUGAACUGGUCAGCAACGGGGUCCAGAUCUAUCAGUUCCCCACUGAUGAAGAAACCGUGGCAGAGAUUAACGCAACAAUGAGUGUCCAUCUCCCGUUUGCGGUGGUUGGCAGCACCGAGGAGGUGAAGAUCGGCAACAAGAUGGCAAAGGCCCGGCAGUACCCCUGGGGCGUGGUACAGGUUGAGAAUGAAAACCAUUGUGAUUUCGUGAAACUUCGGGAGAUGCUGAUCCGCGUGAACAUGGAGGACUUGCGAGAGCAGACUCACACCCGCCAUUAUGAACUGUACCGGCGCUGUAAGCUCGAGGAGAUGGGGUUCAAGGACACGGACCCCGACAGCAAGCCCUUCAGCCUUCAGGAGACAUACGAAGCAAAACGAAACGAAUUCCUCGGAGAGCUGCAGAAGAAAGAAGAGGAAAUGAGGCAAAUGUUCGUUAUGAGAGUAAAGGAGAAAGAAGCCGAACUUAAAGAGGCAGAGAAAGAACUUCACGAGAAGUUCGACCUCCUGAAGCGGACACACCAAGAGGAGAAGAAGAAGGUGGAAGACAAGAAGAAGGAGCUCGAGGAGGAGGUGAGCAGCUUCCAGAAGAAGAAGGCAGCAGCGCAGCUGCUACAGUCCCAGGCCCAGCAGUCUGGGGCGCAGCAAACCAAGAAAGACAAGGAUAAGAAAAAUGCAAGCUUCACAUAAAGCCUGGCAAGCCAAGGAUGUUCCCGCAUUCACCUGCUUUUGCAGUAAUAUUGUAUCUCUGCCAUCUGUGUCCUUUAUUUUUAUUUUUUGUUUUAUUUUUUUUACCCUUCCCCAACACCAAUAACUAUUAACUCAUUUGGCUGAAUGUUGUUGGGUGGUAGAAAAUGCUAGAACAAGGGAAUAACAGCAAAAGCUCUGUGCAGCUGGACUUUGUUUCUGGAAAGUAAAAGAUUUGCCUGUAAGGCCUGUUCCGAAUGGCAGCGGGAAGCAGGCCUGUCACUUGUGUGUCGCUUUGGACUGAGGAGAGUGGGGUAGACCGCCACCCGUACGUCCGACCUGAAAGCUUGUGACCGCCUCAGCAGCUGAACUAAAACUCGAGUAGCCAUGACAACAGCUUGUACUUCCUUGAUUUCAUCUCCAUGAUCGCACAGUCCCUAAACUCACUGUCUUUUCUCCCCACUGGUCCCAAAGCCAGGUAGAUGUGUCCGUAGUAGACAGAACGGUGGGUGAGCACUGAAUAUGACUUUUAUACUCGCAUGAAGUUUUCGUUUUAAUCAGUAACAUCAUUUGGCCUGAGACUGCGGGUCUGUUCAGACUGUCUCCUCUUAUAGCUCGAAGCUACGUCUGAACACCUCCCUUCCCGUACUGGCCGAGUGGGGUGGCCUGGCCUGACACAGAAAACCGUGAUCAGUGCACGUUUACUGGCGUGUCCUUGAUCCCCUCACAGACAGAGAUCUCACAGGUGUGAACAUACAACAGUCUUUAGUAGAAGAAUCUUCUACUAAGGAUAAUGGGCAUUCUACAAACUAUUUCCUAUUUGAAAUAAGGAUUGUUUAACAAUCACAUCUAAAUUUGCUCGCACUGGGCUGACGGGAGGGCCUAAUGACUGAUUCCAGGCUAACAGUAUUGCUAAUGAAGUGUUUCACUAAUCAUGAGCAGAAAAUUUGCACAAAUCCUUCAAAUACAAAAUUCGCUGUAAACUUUAUUGUCUGCAGCUCAGAUUUGAAGGGACCUUGUCGAUUUAACAUGGAAAUGGGGAGGAUAACCGGUGAGUCAAGAAAGUAGAAAUUUUUCACAUCCAACUUUCUUAUUUAGUCUCCUUUCAAUAUUUGACAAUAAAAAAGAAGAAACCAAACAUCUGGAGUUUCAAAUCCAGUUGUCUCGAAGGAAUUUUCCAUACCUUUACCCUCACCAUGCCUAGCUCCGUCUUAGGACUAACCUCCAUGCCAGCCCUUGGGCUAUAGGCUUAAUUUGUAUGGAAAAGGACGUUUUUAAUCUCUUUUCUGUGCUAUUCCUUUCUGAUGCUUAUCCUUCCAUCUGUUUGUUUUUUCUCCUCCGCUAACAAGCUCCUCCCAGCUCGCUUGACUAUAGCCUCCUGUCUCUUACUUGAAAGGUUCACAUUUCCCAGGAACCCACUUCCCCUCUGUGUUUUCCUUCUGGCCUUCGCUAGUGGUAGGAUAAGUAAAUGGGGUAGGAUGUGUCGCACCGCCCCUGACACAUUUUUUUUUUUAAAUUAAUACUUCUCUAUUUGAUUCCAACAAAGAUUUUUUUUUUCCUUUUUGUCCUCAACUCUCCUUAGAGGAAGGAAGGGUUAGGGAAGACCAGUUUCAUCAAAGCCCAAAGUAAGCUAGAACAGAAACUGCAAAAAGAAACAGCAGCAGUGGUGGUGAUUUUUAGUGUAGGAGCUACUGGACCAAUAUUUUUGUUUUUGCCCCUUUUUUGGUAAUCUAAUCUGAAGCUGUGUGUGGAGCAGCCAAAUGUUAGCCGACAUGCUGAUUCUAACCAUGGGCUGAGUUUGUUCAUAUGCUAUGCACCAGACAAAAGCUUGAAUAUUUGUGCUGUAUGCUUGUUCCAACCACUGUUUGUGUGAGCGUUUUUGUGGCUUGUAACGGAAAGUACACUUUUAAAUUCUGUUCCUUGACAUCACUAAAACCUUUUAAAAAUGGGCCUAACAAUGAAAGGCAUCCAGCUGACUUUUUGAUUCCAAGAUUGUUGAUUGCUUUUUUAUAUGUAUUAAAUUUUUCACAGCAAAAUAAACUAGAUAGAGAGUCAGGGAAUAAAGCGUCAAAAGAAACAUACACAAGUUGGUUGGUUUUUUUCCCACCCCUGCUCCCAGCCCUGUUAGUUUGUUACUGCCGCUCUUCCUUUUUCUUCCUGUAUCUGUACCUUUUUUCACAGUAGUCCUUGGCUCUGCACGGAAUAAAUGAUCCCCUCCAAUCUAAUUGGAUGUGCUUUCCCGCCUUUGCAUGUAAGUACAGUAGUAAGAAACCUUUGAGAGCUUUCUGACUUUCUAAAAUUAGAGAAAACAAAUGGGAUGGAUGGAUUUUUUUUUCUUUCUCUUUCAUUAGAGGGGGGUAGAGAGUAAUGGUUGGAGUUGCCUUUUUGUUGUUGUUAAAAAUAUGCUAAACAACUAAAUACAUUUUAUCUUUUUUUUUUCCAAUUUUGGCCAGGGCCGGGUUUGAAACCGCCACCUCUGGUAUAUGGGGCCGGGGUCCUACUCCUUGAGCCACAGGCGCUGCCCAACAACUAAAUACAUUUUAAACAGCCUCAUUUCUGAUUUUUUUCCCCCACAAGAACCAUAUCAAUUCAACUUCUUGAUCUCAAUGUGGAAGUCAGAAAUUACUAAUCUCCACCCGUGCUCUACACAGCAUCCAUGGGCCUCAUUGGUGAUUUCAGAGGGGCCUUGGUUCUGGCAAGAUAAAUCAGGCUAGAAUGAGAGACCACUGCCUUCCGCAGGGAGGGUCUAAGAGGGAAAAACUCUGAUGCUGCGCUGCCUUUAUGACCACUUCACUUUUUGAUCUUAGUUCGAUGGUCCCUCCCCGGUGCUAACUGCUGGCAGUGGUCAGCUCUUUUUGUGGGGCCAGGAAGAUGGCUCUAGCUGGCUUUCUCCCACAUCUUUUGUUCAAACAUAAUGACCAUCUUGCUUCUGGGCUUUAGAUGCCCACAACACUUGUCUGUGCCGUAGGAUGUGAUGGAAAAGCAUUUAUAAGAAUUUAUUGGCAAUUUACUUUCCCAGAUUAGAUUCUUUGUUAACUGGUAAAGGUUCUACCCAAAAAGGGCACCUCAACCAGCGGGAUUAAUGUAAUGUCGGACACAGGUUCUUCCCUUCCUCCUCUGCUUUGUAACUGACCAGCUGUGACACUUGUUCCUCAUGUCGUGUGCCCUCAUGAAGGCUGGACUUCUUUGCUUUCCUCACAUACCCAUAAGUGUUUCACAGGUUUCCCAGCUGUCCCUGACGUACAUCACACUGUCUCUGUGGUCCCACCAAAAGUGUCCAUUCAGAUCCCUUUGCUUUGCCAUUUCCAAGUGUCUGGAAUUGUCAAGUCUCAGCUUCCAAAAAUCCUGGUUCCACUGACAGGACACAAUAAGUGAUGACUCUUUAGCGGGAAUUAUAACCUACAAAGUCUAUCUAGUUUGUGUGUAGGUAUGAAGGGAAUUUUUUGAAUAAAUUGAAAAAUUAAGCUGUGAACAGCAUUAGAACUUUGUCUAUUUCUUAAUUUUAAAAUAUGCUGAUAUGCCUUAAACCGUAGUUGUAGAGCCUUGUCAUUUUGUUGUUUGAAAAUAACUGAUGUGUUUUCUAAAACUGUUGUGUAAUCCACUUUCAAUGUUAAUGAAGAAUUGUCAUAUGUAAGCUGCAUGUUAGAUAUUUUGUCUUUUUUAAAAAACUAAUGUAAUUGUAUUGAUGUGAAGUAUACCAUUUUUUCAAAUAUGAAAGUAAUCAGUAACAUGCUUGGUUAUUUGGAAUCUGUUAAGGUAGGAGAGUGGUGGACAGGUAACCUAUGCAUAUAUCACUAGUGCCAAGACGUAAAGCGGGGAAAAUAUAUUUUUACCCAAACAUU